UCUUCAGCUAUUCUCUUCCUUUAUAUUGCCUUUGCCCCUUAUCGUCCCCCCGUCCCCUCUCUAAUUCUUCCAAAUCCAAAUUUGGCUCGACCUUCCAAACUGUUAUGAAAGCUCUGACAAAGCACCGCUCACAAACAGAACCUUAUUCUUCGAAUCCCAACCAUCUUGCAUCAGUCUUUACACCAUCAUCAAUUGCAUCACUCCUGGAGUCUUCUUAUCUUCAUCUUACACUUUCUACAAAAGCCAAAUAACCACAACGGACAACAACAUUAGCAUCCCAGAAGAAAGGAAGAAAUAAGAAAAACAUUUUAGUUAUCCUCUUGAAAAAAAAAGGGUAUUUUUCAUGUAUUGUUAAUGGAGUGGAGAAUUCUAAUUCUCCAUCCUUGACAUUUUCUACGGCCAACCCAUUUUAGAGCAGGAUUUGAGGAGCAAACCCUUUUGAUUUUCCAAUUUUUUGUCAACUACAAGGAUGCGAAAAAGUAGAGGACUCAGGCUCGGACGCAAAAUGGGUCGGGUCUUUAAAUGGUUCAUUAAUCGAAGAGCGCAGACGAGAGCCGCGUACCCAAGGCUGGGGUCAUCUAGCUGCACCGGAGGAGCCUUGUCAAAGCUCUAUAGCUGGGGCCGUUCGUUGAGGCUUGGAGCUAAAGGGCUAUGCUUUGCGAAGCGGAAGCCGGGUUACAUUCGGGUCGGGCAAGAACCGGUUGCGGAGUCGAAGAAUUCAGUGAGUAUACCCAAGGGGCAUUUGGCUGUGUACGUGGGGGAAGAUGAUGAUGAGACGUGCAGAGUUCUUGUGCCCGUGAUUUAUUUUAAUCAUCCUCUGUUUGCUGACUUGUUAAGGGAGGCUGAAAAGGUUCAUGGGUUUGAUCAUCCUGGUGGAAUACAAAUUCCUUGUCAGAAAUCUGAAUUCGAAAGUGUUAAAAUGAGAAUUGCCGCUGCCGGUAGCGGUGGUGUAAACAGCCGUGGUGGGCGGAGCUGGAGACAGUUGCUGAUGAGUCGGCAUGAGAAAUUGGACAACUGACGAGAUAGUGAUGUGGAGGGUGCCGUCCGCAAUUCUCGUUUGGCUAUUUUUCUUUGAUCAAUUUGGGGGCAAAAAUAUCAGGCGCCCUUCAUGUUCUUUUUUUUUUGGAAUUAAUUUUCUUUUUUUCCCUGUUGCUAUAGUCUUAGUUGAUGUAAUAGGCUAUGGUAGAUUUUUUCUUGUGCAAACAUAUUCUCCUUUGGGCCAAUUAUGAAAAGUAACCUUAUUUUGAGUUUUA